AAAAAGGAAGAAAACAAAAAACGAAGUCCGAGCUCCAGCAGCAGCAAGCAGCCCGCGAGCGACCAGACCACGAACGACCCACGGCUGCCAACCCAACGACCCCGCGCGCCCGCCAAUUGCCCCUUCGCUACUACUACCGAAGCGCCAUCUUCCCCGCGCUUCCUCUCACUCUACACUUCACAAGCUCGCCAACGAUACCAAGCAAGGCGCCAUCAUGACCACUGUCGACGUAGCCAUGGCGUCCAUUCCUCUCACAGAAAAGGCCACGCCGGUCGCCCAGCGCAGCACGACCAGCGACGGGUCGAAAUCCAAGACCAAGGACAGCGUGUACAAACAAGACAAGGCCGCAAACGCCAAGAAGAUUGUAUAUCCCCCGCGCCUUCUCGUUGACUUCAAGUCGCUCCAGAUGGACGCGUUGCACAAGUACGUGGCCUUUUACCAGCUUCCCGUGCGCGAAGAGUACACGAAGGACGAUCUGGCAUCGCUCGUUGCGCGGCACUUUGACUGCUCGCUCGAGGUCGAAGAGGACGAAUCGAUCCUGUCGUUCGUUACACGCGUCCGCAACGGCGAAAAGGCCAGCCGAACACAGCGCCAAGCGACGGACAAGAAGGUCAAAGCGGAAGCUGCCGCGGCAAAGGAAGCCAAGAAGGCGGCGCAGCAAGCGUCCAAGCCGGCGGCCGCAUCGUCGAGCAACAAGCGGCCGCGGCCCGACGAGGCCGAUGCGCAUGACGAGCCAGAGAAGGAAUCCAAGGACGACGUUGCGCCGCCGCCGGCCAAGGCGCCCAAGCCCAAGGGCGGCAAGUCGUCCAAGAAGGAAGAAGACAACGAGCUCUACUGCGUAUGUAACCUCCCGAGCUAUGGCAACAUGAUUGCUUGCGACGGCGACAAGUGCCCGAACCCCGCGCAGUGGUAUCACUUGGAAUGCGUCGGCAUCUCGGACGGCCAGCAGCCCGACACAUGGAUGUGCCCCGAGUGCGACCCGAAGGCGUUCGCGGCAGUGCUCAAGAAGAAGAAGAAGGCGCGCAAGAUGCAGCAACAGUCAGGGUCCUCCUCGAGCUCGAGCUCGUCUCGCCGAUAAGGGGUUACCUGCGCUCGACCCUUGCAAUUACAAAAGGAACACCCUACUCUCCGUUGCAUACCGUAAACAAAUACAAUGCUACACGCCCUUCUUCUUCUUC